AUGUGGCGAGAUCGCACCAAUUUGUACAUCUCCUACCGCCAGUCGUAUGCACACCACCCGGCCAAGCGCACGCGGUAUGGCGACUCUUCGGCAAUCUCGUCAUCCCUGGCCGGCGCCGACCGCUUAGGCGGCUCCGGCAACAGCCUCAUCUUCUCGGCCGACGAGGACCGCCGCGGGCUGCUGUCAUCGGGCGCCUCGGACGACGGCGAUGCUGUGAUCGAGAUGGACCUGUUGCCGCCGCGUUGGGCCGACGUCAACGACGAGGUCACGGAGCUCCUAGCCGACAUUGCGCAAAAAGGCCAGAAGCUCGACAGGCUGCAUCAGAAGCACGUCCUCCCUGGCUUCAACGACGAGGAAGCCAAGCGGGCCGAGGAGAGCGAGAUCGAGCGUCUGACGCAGCAGAUCACCAAGGGCUUUCAUGAGUGCCACAAGUGCAUACAAAGGGUCGAGCAGAUGGUCAAGGAGUCGAAACGAACCGGUGGUAUAAGCAGGGCCGAGGAGGUCAUGGCCAAGAACAUCCAGGUCUCGCUCGCUACAAGGGUGCAGGAGGCCAGUGCUGGCUUCAGGAAGAAGCAGAGUGCAUACUUGAAGAAGUUAAAAGGUAUGGGCGGUGGUGGCGGCCUCAGCCCCGGCGGCGACCGGUCAUCUACGCCGAACGCCGCCAACAACUUCACCGAACCGUCAAUCCUCGAGUCCGACGCGGACAGGUCCUUCUCACAAUCUACGCUCCAGGCAACACAACAUCAAAAAUUGUUACAGUCCAACGACGCGGCGAUUCUGCAGCGCGAGCGGGAGAUUGACCAGAUUGCACAGGGCAUCAUAGACCUGGCCGAUCUGUUUCGCGACUUGCAAACAAUGGUCAUAGACCAAGGGACCAUGCUGGACAGAAUAGACUACAACGUCGAGAGGAUGGCCACAGACGUCAAAGAGGCCGACAAGGAACUGGUUAUCGCUUCGGGCUACCAAAAGAAGACGACGAAACGCAAGAUCAUUCUCCUGUUGAUACUCAUAAUCGCGGGCAUGAUCAUUCUGCUCAUCAUCAAGCCCAAAAAAGACUCGGGGGAUGGUGGGUGA